AUGUUGAUCAAAGUCCGUACCCUUACCGGCAAGGAAAUCGAGCUGGAUAUCGAGGCCGAUUACAAGGUUGCCCGUAUAAAGGAGCGCGUGGAAGAGAAGGAAGGCAUCCCGCCCGUCCAGCAGCGACUGAUUUACGGAGGAAAACAGAUGGCCGAUGAUAAGACUGCCGCAGAUUACAAGCUCGAGGGCGGUGCAACGCUACACCUUGUCCUUGCCUUGCGCGGAGGCUCCCUUUAA